GUACACAGACGAUGUGGCAAUAAUGUGUUGGGCCGACGUGUGAAUGGCAAACAGCUGUUACAUGACACAUUACGCAAUGAUUCUCUAAGACGCCAGUACACAUCUAACGACGCUCGAACUACACAGCCACUUAACAAAAUGCUGCCCACUGCGACGAGGACGAUGGCAUUCACAUUUGCAGCCGCCGCUGUCAAAAAAACGAGCGAUUCGAAACCGAACCCGGCCCAAAAUGCUGAGCAAGACAAUUCGCUCGUCUGCAAGCCAAGUGAGUUGCCCAUCUACGGCUCGCUGCGGAAGAAACCUUCCGCACCCUGUCAUAAGGAAGUAAAGGACUCUACUCUUCAUCAUAACGUGGAGGAAGGCGUGCGCUAUGUACGUAAGGAGCUUCAGUCCGGCUACAAUGUCGUUGCCGAUCAGGCCGGUGUUAUCACCGACUACUUGGAAACGGCCAAGCUGCACACACAGCGAUCCAUUGACUACCUGAAUGAGCCUCAGAAUUCGUUGCAUCGCAGUGGGGCCAUUGUCAUGGGUGGACUAGCGGGCUUUAUCUUCGCCGCCCGUGGUGGUUUCAUCAAGAAGGUUGUGUACACAGGUAUUGGCGCCGGCGCGGUAGCAUCGCUGUGCUACCCGCGUCAAGCAGAGGAAAAUUGUCGCGUCGUGCUCUACGAGGGCCGCAAAAUAUUUGCUGUUGCUUACAACUUUAUUAAAGGCGUUAAGCCUGGCGAAGAAGUGCCCAUUGAGCCCCUAAAGAAAUUCCCGACCUCUUUGGAAGAUUUAAAGUAUUUGGCCCUAGACUUGGUGGAUGAAGCUAAAGAUACACUAUUUCCCAAAAAGAAGUAAUCACUAAUUGAAGAACUAAGCGCUUCAGUUUUAAGUUUAUUUGUGCGAGUGCUUAAAUAUACUUAUUAUAUUUCCUGA